AUGUGUGGUGCACUAUUCAUCUGGAUGACUGAUUGGUACGGACGAACAUGGCGCAUCUUCUUUGGAUGUCUGGGGGUCUGCAUUGGCACAAUCAUCACCUCCGUGGCCACAUCUCUCCCGAUGUUCAUCGCUGGCCGGUUUCUGCUGUCCUUCUUCGCGACUUGCGCUCACACUGCUGCUCCCCUUUAUCUGGUUGAGAUCGCCCCGCCUAUUUAUCGCGGGACGAUUGCAGGAAUGUAUAACACAUUUUACAACGUUGGCUCCGUUUUCUCAACAUCAGCUGUGUAUACAUGUCACAAAUACCUAUCUCACGACAGUGACCUGGAUUGGCGACUCCCUCUGUGGCUUCAGAUAGUGUGUCCGGGUCUGGUUUGUCUGAUCAUCAAAUUUUACCCAGAAUCCCCUCGAUGGCUUGUUUCCAAAGACCGCCAUGGCGAGGCUCAGGAUAUCAUUGCCACAUAUCACGCCAAUGGCGACGCCGAGCAUCCUCUUGUGGCACUCCAGAUGAGGGAGAUGCUUGCUACUGUUGACCGCGAGCACCAGUCCUCCUGGAAAGACCUCUUUGACCUCCGAGUCCUUGUUGAAUCCAGGUCCAGUCGUUAUCGCCUGAUGCUGAACGUAGCUUUCUCUUGGUUCGGCCAAUUCAGUGGAAACAACAUUGUAUCCUAUUACCUGCCCAUCAUGCUCAAUGGGAUCGGUAUCACUGACACUGACCUAAAACUGAUACUCAACAUCGUAUAUGCAGUCAUCGGCUGGGUGGCGUCUAUAUUCGGCUCUCGCCUUCACGAUGUCGUGGGGCGUCGCAAGAUGCUCAUGAGCACUACGGCGGGUAUGACGGUUUGCCUGGCUAUCGUCGCCGCGUGCGCUGCUGGGUAUACCGAAUAUGGCAACCAAACUGCAUCGACCGUCAGCAUUGUGUUCAUCUUCAUGUUUGGUGCUAUCUUUGCUUGUGGCUUCACGCCGAUGCAACCCAUCUACCCGGCAGAGGUUGUGAGUAAUAAGAUGCGAGCCAAGGCCAUGGGGACAUUCAAAUUGACAGCUGGAGCGGCCGGGUUCUUGAAUACAUUUGUCGGCCCUAUUGCAUUGUCCAACAUCGGAUACUGGUUCUAUGUGUUCUUCGUUUUCUGGGACACUUUUGAGUUGGCUUUUAUGUAUUUCUUCUUUGUGGAAACGAAAGGAUCGACCUUGGAGGAGCUGGAUGUCUUUUUCAAAGCGAAAAACCCACGAAAGGCUAGCAUUGAAGCUGUCAAAGCCCGAAAGCGGAUUAUUCGAGGACAAAGAGAUUCUGUUUGA